AACACCUUCCAAGCUUCGCCAACGGCAUUGCACAGCACCCGCCGCCGCGCUGCCAUAUAAGCUUUGCCCGUGCCGCAUACAAUCGCUCGCAGACUGUGCCUCAUGCGGCUUGACGACCGUGUGCCCAGGUGAACAGCCACCCGACCAACGCAUCAUCUCGCUGUGCGCUGUGCAUCCCCCAUGUCCGCCACACGUCGAGCUGCGUGAUUGUCUGGCCACACCUCCAGCAACACUCGCGACAUCGAUAGACGCCCGUCUUGUAGCCCACGCGGUGUUUUGGUCGUUGCUCUGCCUCCCGUCGGCGACCCCACGAGCUGCGAGCGCCCACUUCCCACGUUGUCGCCUACGCCGUCAUUGCUGCUGAUCACUGCCCGAGGGCCACGCCCUGCCCGCCUUUGCGCCCACACCUCUCCAGCAAACGCGUCCAGCGCACCCAUCGCCCACGAUGACGACGCAAAUACCCAUGAUUUCGGUGCCGUUGAAGCAGACCAACGAGAUUGACUGGAUCGCCCCGCUCAAGCAGUACAUUCGAGCCACCUACGGCGAUGACCCGGAGCGGUACUCGGAAGAAUGCGCUACGCUGAACCGCCUGCGACAGGACAUGAGAGGCGCCGGCAAGGACAGUGCAGCGGGGAGAGAUCUGCUAUACCGAUACUACGGCCAGCUGGAAUUGCUCGACUUGCGCUUCCCGGUCGAUGAAAACCACAUCAAGAUUAGCUUUACAUGGUUCGAUGCGUUUACACACAAGCCUACCUCGCAGUACUCGCUCGCAUACGAGAAAGCCAGCAUCAUCUUCAACAUCUCGGCCGUCCUGUCCUGUCAUGCUGCCCACCAGAAUCGCCACGAAGAUGUCGGGCUCAAGACGGCCUAUCACUCUUUCCAGGCCUCUGCUGGCAUGUUUACAUACAUCAACGAAAACUUUCUACAUGCGCCGUCGACGGAUCUUAGCAGAGAGACUGUAAAGACGCUGAUCGCCAUCAUGCUCGCGCAGGCGCAAGAGGUGUUUCUAGAGAAGCAAAUUGCAGAUGGAAAGAAGGUCGGCUUGCUUGCGAAACUGGCGAGCCAGGCUGCAUUCUUGUAUGCCCAGGCCACAGAAGGCGCACAGGAAAACGUUACCAACGCUGUAUUUGAGAAGGUCUGGCUGUUGGUUUGCCAGAUCAAAUCACACCACAUGGCAUCCCUGGCACAGUACUACCAGGCUCUAGCAGACGAUGAUGCGAACUCACACGGCGUAGCAAUCUGCAGGCUACAGGUUGCCGAAGCCAGUGCCAAAGACGCCACGCGAGCAGCAGGCAGCUUUCCCAACAAUGCGCCUGCCAACUCAAACCUGGCCUCGGACACGGGCAGUAUAUUGUCCGACAUGACCAAGAAGCAUCUCGCAAAUGUACAGGAGAAGCUGGCCGAGUUUUCCAAAGACAAUGAUUUCAUCUACCACCAAGGCAUCCCGAAUGAAGCAUCGCUUACACAAGUUUCGAAAAUGCCUGCGGCCAAGGCAAUUCCUGUUAGCGAGCUGUACCAGGGCCAAGACAUCCAGAGAAUCAUUGGACCAGACAUCUUCCAGAAGAUUGUGCCUCUAGCCGUGACUGAAUCAGCCAGUCUCUAUGACGAAGAAAAGGCCAAGCUCAUACGUGCCGAGAGCGAACGGGUCGAAGUCGCAAAUGACGAGAUGGCCGCUAGUCUGGAUUACCUCAAACUGCCUGAUAGCCUCAACGUUAUAAGAGGAGGCAUGGACCAGGACAUGAUGGUUGACAAUGAUUUUAGAACGUGGUGUGAGGAGCUCGCUGGGCAUCAAUCUUUUGGCACAGCAUUUGAGCAACUGGACCACGACAAGGCUGAGAUUCUCAGUUCGCUCGAUUCGAGCAUGAAGCAGCUGGAUAUGGAAGAAAGCGUCUGUGAGAAGAUGAGAUCCAAGUACGGAGCAGAUUGGACGCAGCAGCCCAGUUCACGGUUGACUUCGACAUUGCGAAGCGAUAUCAGAAACUAUCGUGGGGCUGUCGAAGAGGCGAGCAGUAGUGAUGCUCAGCUUUACAACACUUUCCGGCAGUACGAAGCCGACUUUGACGAGAUGCGGUCGGCCGGUGAGACGGACGAAGCGGACGUGCUAUACUCGAGAGCCAUGGUCAAGGCUGGUGCAACCAAGGGAAAGAGCCCCAGGCCAGCAGAAGGCAGUCUUAUCGACGAUGAUAUUGACGAGGGUCCUUCGGUCACAGACCAGAUUACAGCUGUUGAGGAUAUCUUGCGCAAGCUGAACCUUGUCAAAAAGGAGCGGAUGCAGAUACUGAAGGAUCUCAAAGACAAGGUGCACUCUGACGACAUCUCCAACGUUCUCAUACUCAACAAAAAGGCCAUUGCGAACCAGGAGUCGCAGUUGUUCAAAGCUGAGCUCGAAAAGUUCCGACCACACCAGAACCGCAUACUGCAGGCGAACCACAAGCAAGCGUCGCUCCUCAAGGAGCUCACGCGUACCUACUCGGACCUGCUCAAAGACAAGCGUGUACGAUCCGAGCAGAGCAAGUAUGAGGCUUUCUCAAGACAACGAAACACGGUCAUGACAAAAUACCGGAGAGUUUACCAAAGCUUCAACGACCUUGUUGCCGGCCUCUCGCGCGCCCAGACCUUUUACUCGGAGAUGAAAGACACCGUGUCCAGUCUCUCAAAGAAUGUCGAAACGUUUGUAAACAACCGGAGAUCAGAAGGUGGACAGCUUCUCUCGAAGAUUGAAGAGCGAAACAAGGCACAGGGUGCAGAUCAGGAACAGCAGCGCAUGAAGGAGCUUAUGGAGAGAAUGUCUAUGGAGCCUUCUGGGUCACCCGUAUCGCAAGGUUCAGGGCGGAAGAAGAGCAUACCACCACCGCUGUCUUCAACUCCCAGCUAUCCAUCAUCUUCAGGGGCUAGCCACGCAGCAUACAAUCCUGCAGCCUCGCCGCCGGUCACACCACGCUACCCUAUGACUACGGCCCCGAGUCAGCAAUACAUGUCACCACAGCAAUCCUACAGCCAACCUUCAAACGGUUACAACCAACCCCCGCCACGACGAGAGAGUUACCAGCAGCAAUACUCGCACCAACCACAGCCUUCGCAAUCCUCUUCAAGCUACAACCCGGCAGCCCACAACCAGUACAAUCCCGCCUCGCCUCCCGCUCAUCAGCAAUUCUUCUCUCCACCAGCACAACAUCAACAACACCAGGCCUGGGGUCAACCUCCACAGCAAUGGACUGGUACGCCGCAGCCCAGCCUCCCACAAGGCUACGUUCCUCCGCCACCACCCCCAGGACCGCCGCCAAGCCAAGAUUACGGCCACUAUGGGCAAGGAUCUUAUCCCAGUGGGCCUGGAGGCUAUGCCAACCCACAAAGACAGGGAGGACAAAACCAAGGAUCAGCGCACGAUCCUUGGGCUGGCUUGAGUGGCUGGAAAUAG